AUGUCUAUUGUGGCCUCUCCCGCAGAUGGCGGCUACGUUUCAGAUGGCGACAAGCUGCUCCAGGCCAGUGGCCAGGCUGUUCAGAUAUCGCUGAUGUUAGCAUGUCGCUCCAUCGCCUCCGAGACGCGGCAUCUCCCUUUCACCCUCAACACCAUCACCUUCUCGACGAUCUACAGACCAGAUUGGAGGAAACAGGCCCUUGAGCUUAAUCAGAUUGCUCAUUACCAUAUUUACCUCCUGCGGGGAAUGGUACUUCGUCUGGGUCGACUUCUGACGCCUGAUAUGUACGAGGAGCCCAGCCCGGAAUAUUCUCAAUACAUGCCUAUCGUGGUGGAAGAAGUAGCAGAGUUCCUCAGGAUUUGGGACCGACGAACUGAGCUUUCUACUGAAGUUAGAAACGCACGCGGCUUUGUUGACGCUAAGGCAUUUAGAGAUGGUGCUGGAUCCAGAGUUGGGGCCGCCUCAAUAAGAUUACAAGGUAACGACAACACUGUGGCAUUGAAACGCACGAGGACCUACCUAUUGCGACAACUUGCAGACAAACACCCCAUAGAAUUCUCCCAGGCUAUCGAAGAGAUCUUGCCUGGUUGGAAUGAUUCGCAUUCAAUUGACGACUUCUUCAGCCUAGGAUUCGAUUCAUGGGCUAUGCCGACUCGAGCUGAAGUCAAGGAAAUGGUAGAUCUAAUGCAAAACACCAGGUAUUGGCAGAAUGGGGAUGCAUGGUACCAUCUAGGCUUUGAUAUGCCCGGCUACAAUGGCCCAAAAUAUCGUUACAAACGAAAGUAUUGGUUCUCGGCUGCCGCUCAAGCAAUCAGAUUCCUCGGGCAACUUUCUCAGCAACAGCGCCUUUUGAUAUCUAAGCUAAUCCUUAACGAAGAUCGACCUGCAGCUGCCUUUCCUGAGUCUCAUAUGAUAGGCAUGAUUCCUUUUUGCCUAGAAAAUCCGAAGCUCCAUGUUGAACAUCAUAUGAACCUUUGGCGAAAUAUCCUUGCCAGAGCCGAAGACUACAGAAUCCGGACGCUUAUGUACUAUAUCGAAGGCCCCCCUCUAGUUUUGGAGGAUACUCCGGAACAACACCAAACCUAUCCUGAAGCUAUCGGUGGAGCCUUCACCGGCUUUAUUAUGCACCUCCUAGAGACUUUAAAGGAAGGGCUGCCUUCAGACUCAUACUCCCUUAUCAUUGGUGGCCACCCUGAUCCGAAUCAUGCAACAGAGAUCUUUUCUGUAUCCAUGAAGCCUUACAUCGCCUGGCUCACGGUUCAUACGGAUUGCAUUGCCCACGCUCUAAUCGCCCCGGCCAACCACCAUGAAUAUCCGUUUCCUAGCAGAGCGUCAGCCCAAGGAAUAGUUCCAGUGAGCGAGAGAAGCGCCAUAAUCCAGUGCGACUUCACCGUUGACCAGCCUUGGGACUAUGAAGCGAUCUAUAACGAUUCUGAAGCAUUCAGAAUCACAGCUUUAAAUGAUUUGACGAAUCUUGGUAUGGACUUCGACGCUGACAUGCUUGACGUUACCACUGAUCUGCUUGAUUGGGAAAAGGUCCAGAGGGAAUACUAUGAGAUAGAAGAACUUUCGGAAGGUGUCCUCGCAGAGCCUUAUAAACAUCGUUACUUGGCAUAA